UGAUCACCAAUAGCCUGCCGUUAUCAUUUAUUAGGCUUUCCGAAAUUGAUUUUCAAUUUCAAUCCUCUUCAUUAUCGCCGGGUUUCCCUCCACUCUCUCACUAUUCUACAAUCAUCAUUCAAUUCAAAUUCAAUUUUUUUGAAACACCAAUUCUCACAUCAACAAAACAGGUUUGAUUGCCAUGGAGAUGAAUUCGCAGAACAGACCAUUUUCAAUCAAAUUAUGGCCUCCUAGUCAGAACACUAGACAGACACUUGUGGAUAAGAUGAUCACCAAUCUUACUACAAGAUCUAUUUUCACGCAGAAGUAUGCAACUUUGGACCGUGAAGAGGCUGAAGAAAAUGCAAAAAGAAUUGAGGAUGUCGCUUUUGUCACUGCAAACCUACAUUAUGAGAAAGAGCCAGAUGGUGAUGGAGGUUCUGCAGUCCAGCUUUAUGCCAAAGAGUGCAGUAAGCUCCUCCUAGAUGUGCUUAAAAGAGAACCUACUAAGAACAGUGACAAUGAAGUGGUGGUGCCCGAUGAUACCGCUGUUCCUCAGGAAUCUGUUUUUGAUAUAUCUAAAGGCAAAAGAGCUUUCAUUGAAGCAGAGGAGGCUCGUGAGCUUUUGAGGCCGUUAACGGAAUCAGGAAAUUCUUUCACUAAGAUAUGCUUCAGCAACAGAAGUUUUGGAUUAGAAGCAGCUGAGGUCGCCCAACCGAUUCUCAGUUCCCUCAAGGGCCAGUUGAAAGAAGUAGACCUGUCAGAUUUUGUUGCGGGAAGGCCAGAAGCAGAAGCACUUGAUGUCAUGAGGAUAUUCUCUGCUGCUCUAGAGGGCAGUGUCUUGAAGUAUUUAAACCUUUCUGACAAUGCUUUAGGUGAGAAAGGUGUUAGAGCAUUUGGAGCUCUCUUGAAAUCACAAAGCUGCUUGGAGGAGCUUUAUCUUAUGAAUGAUGGAAUUUCAGAAGAAGCUGCACAAGCAGUUUCUGAGUUGAUUCCUUCCACAGAGAAGCUCAAAAUUAUCCAUUUUCAUAAUAAUAUGACUGGAGAUGAAGGAGCGCUUGCUAUAGCGGAGGUUGUGAAGCGAUCUCCUCUCUUGGAAGAUUUCCGUUGUUCCUCCACAAGGAUAGGCGAGGAAGGUGGUGUUGCCUUAUCUGAAGCUUUAGGGAAUUGCACCCAUUUGAGGAAGCUUGAUUUGCGAGACAACAUGUUAGGUGUAGAGGGUGGGAUUUCUCUGAGUAAAGCUCUUGCCAAGAAUGCAGAGUUAAGAGAGAUAUACCUGAGCUACUUGAACUUGGAAGAUGAAGGAGCAAUUGCAAUAGUUAACACUCUUAAGGAGUCAGCUCCUCGCCUUGAAGUUCUUGAGAUGAAUGGAAAUGAAAUUACUGUUGAUGCUGUUCUUGCUAUAGUAGACUGCCUAGCAGCAAAGAAGAUUCUUGCCAAGUUGAUCCUCUCGGAGAACGAACUAAAGGAUGAAGGUGCCAUCCAGAUAAGUAAAGCUCUAGAAGGCCUUGACCAGUUAAAGGAAGUUGAUCUAAGUUCCAACGAAAUAAGCAGUGACGGGGCUCGACAAUUGGCUCUCACUGUGGUGCAGAAGGCUGAUUUUAAACUUCUGAACAUUAAUGGAAACCAAAUUUCUGAUGAUGGCAUUGAAGAGUUGAAGGUUAUAUUUGAAAAAUCUCCGGACAUGCUCGGUCCAUUAGAUGAAAAUGACCCUGAUGGAAAAGACGGUGAUGGAGAAUCUGAUGAAGAGGGUGGUGUGGAAGAUGAACUGGAAUCCAAAAUGAAGAACCUUGUGGUUGAUUGAAUUGUCUGCUCUCUCAUUCUGCUGCAAAGUAACUCUUAGGACAGUAGUAUCAGUUUAUUUAUUCUUAGAAUUAUAUGUAACGAUUAAGACGAGGUCACCAACCAUCAACUAUUUAGAGUGUGUUUGGACUAGAUAUCAUAAUCUUGUCUUCAAUGUUUCUUUUCUUUUUAUUAGACUGUAUUAUUUGCAGCUUCAACCCUAUGUAGCAAUGUUUUUUUAUCAUCAGUGCUGCGUUGUUCAUUUUUA